AUGACCCGUCGAAUCCAGCGAGUGGCCGUGAUCGGUGCUGGGAUUAGUGGCGUUGUGUCUGCAGCCCACCUUCUGGUGCAGGGAAUUGAUGUGACUGUUUUCGAGCGGAAUCAUGCAGCAGGCGGCGUUUGGCUCCACGACGAGAGAACGCCACUUGAACCGAAUUACCCGUCUAUGAAGCCGUCCGUGUCGGAGAAGCACCGAGACGAUGACACAGAAAAGGUUGACUUGUUGUCUCUGGAGCAUGCUCCACCAGGGCCAUGCUAUGAUGGACUCAAAAACAAUGUGGCCACAUCGCUCAUGCGGGUCAAGCUUAAUGCCUGGCCAGAAGGAACCCCAGAGUUUGUCAGCCAUAGGGUAAUGAAGGAGUACAUACAGGAUACUUCGAAGAAAGCGGGGGCAGAUGGUGUGACAGUAUACGGAGCUCGAGUGAACAGGCUUCGCAAGAACGAGCAGCAAUGGCAUGUUACCUGGUCGACCUUGAAGGAAAACGACCAAUCUGGAAGUCUUGCGGAGCAGGAGGAGACUGCUGUUUUCGAUGCGGUAAUAGUUGCAUCCGGCCACUAUCAUGCGCCCCGUGUCCCAGACGUACCUGGCCUGGCGAAAGCGAAAUCACAAUGGCCGUCGCGUAUUCUACAUUCCAAGGCUUACAGAAAACCGGACUCGUACGCAGACAAGAAUGUCCUGCUCAUCGGGGGCGGAGUCUCGUCAACAGAUCUUGCUAGAGAAAUUGGACCUCUGGCCAAGACUGUUUACCAAAGCACGCGGAACGGCGAAUUCGACAUCUCCUCCAGUGUCCUUCCCGAUAAUGGAGUCAGAGUUAGCGAAAUAGAACGAUUUGAGGUCGAGUCACCGACGGCUCAUGAUAACGAGUCUCUGCCCAUGGCAGUCCACCUGAAAUCAGGACAGAAGCUAUGCGGCAUUGAUGCGGUCAUCAUCUGUACUGGAUAUCAUAUCACACUGCCUUUUCUGUCGGAGUACCAUGACGAUGCGACACCGGCGGAAAAGGCCAACGAGACGAUCCUCGUGACUGAUGGGACGCAGGUGCACAACUUGCACAAAGACAUCUUCUAUAUUCCGGACCCGACCCUGGCAUUCGUGGGAGUCCCAUACUACACGGCCACGUUCACACUCUUCGAAUUUCAAGCUAUAGUUGUAGCAAACGUGUUCGCUGGGAUCGCGGAUCUACCCUUCAGAAGCGAAAUGAGAGAUGAGUACACUAGGAAGAUCAAGGAGAAGGGCAGUGGAAAGCGGUUUCAUUCAUUGAAAGAUGUUGAAGAAUUUUAUGUGCUUGAUCUCUUGGAGUGGAUCAAUGCCGACAGGGAGAAACACGGACUCCCUGCGAUCGAAGGCCAUUCGGAUAGCUGGCAUGCGGGUAAAGCGGCGCAGAGGGAGAGAGUCCAGCUGCUUCUUGGCCCUGGCCGAAGACGCGAUAGUGGCAUCGGGGAACUGCCAGCCUUGGAGGUCGAAACCGCUGUCAUGGCCCCAUCAUCGGCCACCGCUGAUGAAAGAGUAGUCGACGACUCCAGUGGUAUUAUUCAAAAAGCUCCAAAGCGCAAAUGGGUCAGCUACCUCUGGGAUACGUUUGACAAAUCGCCCGAGGAGCGCAGACUGCUCUUCAAGCUGGAUUCGGCCAUUCUGACAUUUGCCUCGCUUGGUUACUUCAUCAAGUACCUCGACCAAGUCAACAUUAACAAUGCUUUCGUUUCCGGAAUGAAAGAAGACCUGGGCCUUUAUGGCAACCAGCUGAACUACAUGCAAGCGUGCUGGACAGUCGGCUACGUCAUUGGCGAAAUCCCCAGUAACAUGCUUUUGACGCGCAUACGACCCAGAUACUGGAUUCCGGCCAUGGAGUUACUAUGGACGGUGCUCACUUUCAUCUUGUCGCGAUCAACAAAUGCCACCCACUUCUAUGUUCUGCGCUUUUUCAUUGGCCUGGCCGAGAGUAGUUUCUACCCCGGAAUGCAAUACAUCAUUGGGUCGUGGUACCGGAAAGAUGAGCUUGCCAAGCGCUCAUGUAUCUUUCACACAAGCAGUGGAAUUGCAAGCAUGUUCUCUGGAUAUCUGAUGGCUGCAGUGUAUAAUCUUGGAGGACGUGGCGGGCUGAAAGGUUGGCAAUGGCUCUUCAUGAUCGAUGGAAUCAUUUCGAUCCCCGUGGCAAUCAGCGGGUUCUUCAUUCUACCCGAUGUGCCUGAAAUCUCGAAUCCAUUCUAUCUGACUGAGCAGGAAGUGAAACUGGCGCAGAAACGGAUGGAAUUCGAAGGGCGCAAAAACAGAGAGCCAUAUACCAAAGCCAAACUGAAGAAAAUCUUCUCAUCGUGGCGCAUUUACUUGCUUACGAUCGUGUACAUGUACCUGAAAGACUCGACAAAUCCGAAAUACACCGUUGACCAGAUCAAUGCUUACCCAACGACCACGAAUGCAGUCCAGGUAGUCACGACGCUCAUUUACGCAUGGACCUCCGACACGAUUCUAAAAGGAAGACGCUGGCCUUGCAUAAUCAUUGGCGCCUGCGUAAACAUUAUAUGCUACGUCUCUCUCGCUAUAUGGGACAUCCCAACAGGAUGGAAAUGGACCUGCUAUAUCCUCUCUGGCGCCGGAUUCGGCCUAAGUGGGCUUUGCAUGGCAUGGGCCCAUGAGAUCUGCACCGACGACAACGAAGAACGCGCUCUCGUGGUGGGCAGCAUGAACGAAAUGGCCUACGUCUUCCAGGCCUGGCUGCCGCUAAUCGUCUGGCAGCAGGUCGAUGGACCUCAGUACCGGAAGGGAUUCAUUACCGUGACAAUCAUGUCUGUGAUUUUGAUCAUCUCGACGAUGGCGACAAGACACAUGCAGCAUUGGGAAGAUGGGAGGAGGGCGAAGUUGCUCCAAGGAGAAGGAGAGGGAAGUAGUGAAAGCGACCUAAGAUCCUCCAGAGAAGAAGGACCAGUGGAAGAGGAGCAGCAUGUGCCGAAGCUCUAG